AUGUCUACACUUUGUAAGGACCGCAUUGUCGAACAAUGGCCGCAAAUUGGAAUCGUCGGUGCUGGUAGCAUGGGAACCCAAAUGGCGAUCGCAUUCUCAGAGCUAGGCCUUCACGUUUCCAUCUGGGAUGUCAAUAAAAACAACGUCGACUCAAUCGUGGAAUGGUCGCGAAACCAUAAAGUCACAGGCAGGAUUGCCGGGUAUCACGAUAUCAACAACUUUGUCCAAAGCUUAGAGGGAAAGGGGAAGAACAAACUUUUUCUCUUCUCUAUCACUCAUGGCGAUCCAGCAGAGUCUAUUUUGAGCAUGAUCAAAGAAAAUCUCAGCAAAGGCGACAUAAUUCUAGAUGGUGGCAACGAACACUACCGACGUACUCAGAGAAGACAAUAUGAGUGCGCAAAGCUUGGCGUCCACUGGAUCGGUAUGGGUGUGUCGGGGGGCUAUCAGGCCGCUCGCCGUGGUCCAAGUCUGUCACCUGGUGGUGACAAAAAAGCUUUGGAGAUGGUAAUGCCACUGCUCGAGCUGUAUGCAGCUAAAGAUCUUCAUGGAAAGCCAUGUGUGGCUCGGAUCGGGCCAAAUGCCUCCGGGCACUAUGUAAAGAUGGUGCAUAAUGGCAUCGAGGGAGGAAUGCUUUCGGCCCUCGCGGAAGCAUGGGCUUUUCUGCAUGAUGGCCUGGGAUAUGACUAUGAAGCGAUCGCCGAUACAUUCGACCGGUGGAAUACCCAUGGCGAACUCCGGGGUAACUACCUGCUUGAGAUAGCAGUUGACAUGCUUCGCACGAAGAGGUCGGUCGGCGGUAUCGAUCAGUAUGUGCUUGAUGAGGUUCUCGAUAAAGUUGUCCAGGAUGACGAUGAUACUGAAGGUACUCCCCAUUGGGCCAUCGAGGAGUCAGCAUCACGCCAUAUCGCAACACCGACACUUGCUGCAGCCCAUUACCUCCGCGUCGCUAGUGGCAACCGAGCAGAAAGACUAGUAACAGCUGAAAUGCUGCAACUGAAGGAACCCAGCGUAGUACAAGAUAUCAGCGAAAAGGGAAAGGAAGUGCUCGUUGACGACCUACACGAUGCUCUUUAUUGCACUUUUCUUACCUCAUUCUGCCAAGGUCUGGAGAUGAUCAAGCGUGCCUCAGAUGACGAAAAGUGGAAUAUUGACCUAGCUCAAUGUCUGAGAAUUUGGCGAGGCGGUUGUAUUAUUCGGUCUGACGGCAUAGCCGACAUCCUAGAGUCAGUCCUUUCAAGUGAAAAGACCUGGGAAAAUCUGAAACAUGCUGAAGCAGUUGCUCAUGAGUUGAGCCGGACAUACAGGCCAUUGAAGGCGACAGUUGUCCAGGGGUGCUUACACGAUCAAUACAUGCCUGCAAUUUCUGCAAACUUGGAAUAUCUGAAGUAUGUGGGUGGAAAGAAGCUACCCACUAAAUUUAUGGAAGGUCAAAUGGACUUUUUUGGAUCUCAUGGCUACAAUAAGCCUGGAGUGUCUGGCGAGGAUCCAGGACCCGUUGCAAAAGGCCCUCAUCACCACGAGUGGCGACCGGCAGGCGCAUGA